UGUAUACCACAAUGUCGACCGAAGAGGGCACGUCAACACCAACAGAAACGCACCCUGUCGAGGCUUCCGAUAACGAGGAGGAGAAUCCAUGGUCGUCGUCCUCCGCAGAAGCACCCGACUCGUCAGAGGCUCGGGCAGUCGACGGGGCCCCUGAGCCACCGCUCGAGAUCGCCGACGAACCGGAACCGUCGCACCCCAAGCCACUCGAGCAAUCCACGUUGGACGAAUUCGAUCCACUGGCAGAUACGGCGGCAGACGCAUGGAGACAUGCAGAGGGCCAUCUGCCAGUUGGAGUGGAGGCGUCAGCAUCUGGGCCAGAGAUCCGGUUUACGCAAGAACCCGAUACGACUCUGGACGAACCACCUCAGAGCAGGGCACAAGCCCAGACACCAUUAUCAGGCGUUUCUACCGACUUUCCGCAUUCCCCUUCGUCCCCUCCGGGUGUGCCAUCCCCUACAACGCUCGCCUCUCUGGCUCAGCCGUUACGGCGAGCAUCUCAACAUGAACUCGGGGAGACAGAGGCUUCUUCAUCUCAACAGACAAAUGGCAAUGCCAUGGACACCUCUGGACCAAAAGUAACACCGCCAUUUGACUUCCAAAAGUUCUUGGACCAAAUGAAGUCGAAGAGCGCUGAACCCGUUGCAAAGUACCUGCGAAGUUUCUUGCACAACUUCCAGAAGAGGACGUUCCCCGUCACCGAUCAGGUUAAGCUCAUACACGACUUUCUUGCAUUCAUUGCAGCGCGAAUGAGUGAGUGCGAGGUCUGGAAGAACCUUCCGGUGGAACAGUUUGACAAUGCCACCGAGGCGAUGGAGAAGCUUGUCAUGAAUCGCCUAUACCAUCUAGCAUUUACCCCUGCAAUCGAUCGUAACAUAUAUCCUAUCACGACUGACGACCUGGAACGAGAUCAUGUACUUUCACAGCGUAUAAGGCUGUUCGAGUGGGUCACGGAGGAGCAUCUGGAUAUACCUACAGGAGAGGGCAGCAAGGGAUUCAUAAUGUUCGCUGAGCAGGAACUGCUCAAGAUCAACCACUACAAGGCGCCGCGUGACAAGCUGAUCUGUAUCCUCAAUUGUUGCAAAGUCAUCUUUGGUCUUAUCCGACAUUUGAACCGGGAAGAGGGUGCCGAUGCCUUCAUACCCAUACUGAUCUAUGUGGUACUUCAAGCGAACCCAGAUCAUCUGCUCUCGAACGUCGAAUACAUAAGUCGGUUCCGGUCAGCAACCAAACUGCAGAGCGAAGCUGGAUAUUAUCUAUCGAGCUUGAUGGGUGCGGUCUCGUUUAUUGAGACGAUGGAUCAUACGUCACUCUCCAAUAUCUCACAAGAGGAAUUUGAGGCGAAUGUCGAGGAAGCCGUUACCCGAUUAUCGCCCUCAUCAUCGCCGGGUCCAAUGACACCUCAAAGAGCCAGGCCACCAGCGCCGGAAGUGACGACAGCUGAAGUCACUGCCUCUGCCGCUGCAGGUGAAGAGUCAGCCAGACCACUGCUUCUGCCCACAACACUAGCAGAAGACACGAAGAAGUUCUUCCAACGGACCGGCGAUUUUGCACAGCAGACAAUCAGCAAACCGCUAAAUGCGAUUGGGAGGAUAUUCUCCGAGGCUCUGGAAGAGCCACCCGGAGUAGUAGGACGUGCACUGGAUGCUGCAUCCAACUGGGUGCAACCUAAUCCUGUUACGCCUGCUCCCCCACCAAAAGAUCAGAGCGCGCCUCUCCCUGCACCGUACAAACCUCGUGUACGACAAUCACCGUCACGGCCGAAUUCUGGUGCGUCUACGCCCAUAGGUACCCCCACACGCGUAGGUGGCACCCUCCAGCCGUUUCCUUCGCCGCUCGGGAUACCCCCUGUCAGCACACCUCGAACUGCUACGCCCGAUCAUGACGGAGACGAGGCGUUCGACUUCGCGGCAUUGAGUGCUGAGAUCGACAGAGCGCAUGACGCGGCGCAGGCAUCAGGCAGAGACACACUAUUGCAGAUCUUCCCAGGUCUGGAUGGUGAACUUGCAGACGUGGUGCUCGAGGCGACUAACGGAGAUUUGGGGCUGAGCAUCGACAAGCUGCUUGAGAUGGGCGUGGGAUCAUGAGUUGACGUGAUGGUGAUGGUGUACCUGAGAUGAUAUGAGAAUGAUACCCGCAUUACUGACAUGCUACUCAAUACCUAUAAUUAAAU